AUAGACAGUCAGGUCAUAUUAAAUGUAAGUGAAACAAAGCCAGAGUAAGAGGCUUCUUUCAACACGAUUUCUUCACCCAAAAGAAAAAAGAAAAAAAGGUUAAGAGGAACUUUGCACAACAGUUUAAGGUGGAAUUGAAGACACUGGAGGAAAAGCCCUGCAGAGGCAUGAGCAGCUGUUGCAGAGGAUCAGUCAUACAUACACAGCACUAAGAGGGGUUGACGUGGAGAGAGGGAGACAAGGAGGAGAGAAAGAGAGGCAGAAACAGGAACCAAGACAGAGGAGAGGCUGCUCUCGUUCAGACUUGUUACUGAUCACAUUGAAAGGCUUCCUGUGUCAGCACCAUGGGGAAGUCAGCCUCAAAGCAGUUUGCUCAGGAGGUUCAGCGGUGCCAUAAUGAAUACAGAAGGAAGCACCAGGCUCCUCCACUGAAGCUGAGCAACAAGUUGAGCAGAGAGGCUGCCCGUUAUGCUGAAAGUCUAGCCAGCACGCGGAUCCUGAAACACAGUGUGGAGUCCAGUAGAGGGAGCUGUGGAGAGAACUUGGCUUGGGCAUCCUAUGACCAAUCAGGGAAGGACGUGGUUGACCGCUGGUAUGAUGAAGUGAAACAGUACAAUUUCAAUCGUCCUGGAUUCUCCUCUGGUACCGGCCAUUUUACAGCCAUGGUGUGGAAGAGCAGUAAAGAGCUGGGUGUUGGUAAGGCCACCGCAUCAGAUGGUUCGUCCUUUGUUGUAGCAAGAUACUCCCCAGCUGGAAAUAUCACCAACCAGGGACACUUUGAAAACAAUGUUCUUCCUGCUAAAACCACUUAAGAUGUUUCAACUUGGCUCAAGACCAAAUGCAUUUAUUCCUUUCUUCCAAGAGUGAUGUUAUCUGCCUGCACCGCUGUGUUAGGAGAAUACUCAGGAGAGCAUCAGUUCAUACCUUGUUGAUAACUAUACGACCUGCAUUGUCAAAUAUGUAAAAUAUUAAAUCCUCCAUUUGGCAUUUGUAAAGGGUAAAUGUAUUAUAGUGUGUUUAAAAUGUUACUAAAGUGCCUUUAUUCAACAUAGCUAACAAGUCCAGUGGCCACGUGGAUGUUAUAGGCUUGAUACUACAAGUAAUUCAGACUUAAUACACUUAAAUUUACAUGCAGAGUUGUUGCUUGUAAUUUGAAGAUGACGACUUUGUGUUUUUGACACUACUUGUCAGAACUGUUUCUUUCCAUACAUUUGUUUUGUAUUCUAAUAAUUUUGUAAAGUAAAGUUGAUGGAUCAUCAA